AUGGGGGAAGCGCUUCGUUCCGGCUCUGUUGAGUGCAUCUCGGACACAAUGGAGAAGCCGCUGUUGGACGACCGUUCGUACCGAGUGAUCCAAUUGCCCAAUCAAUUGGAGAUUCUUUUGAUCCAGGAUCCAGACACUGAUAAAGCUGCCGCUGCUAUGGAUGUCAACGUUGGUAGCUUCAGCGAUCCGGAUGAUCUGCCGGGGACCGCGCACGCGGUAGAACAUUUGUGUUUCAUGGGUACGAAGAAGUAUCCAGAAGAGACCGAAUAUAGCACUUAUUUAACUAAGUAUGGUGGCUACUCCAACGCCUACACGGCCUCGACAUCGACCAAUUACUAUUUCAAACUAUCUGCGAGUUCAACGUCUAAUAGUCCGGGCUCAUCCGCAAAUGUAAAGCAACCCAAUGUUCCAAUCUCCAAAGACAAGGCUCCUCUCUAUGGCGCUCUCGAUCGUUUCUCGCAAUUCUUCAUCCAGCCACUCUUUCUCGCCGAUACCCUAGAUCGCGAACUCCGUGCUGUGGAUUCAGAGAAUAAGAAAAAUCUUCAAAGCGACACGUGGCGCCUGGAACAACUGGGCCGCAGCACUUCGAGUGAGAAACAUCCCAUCCACAAAUUCGCCACCGGCAAUUAUCAGUGUUUGCGUGAGGAACCGGUGUCGCGGGGCGUCGAUAUUCGGAAGCGCUUCAUCGAGUUUCACGAGGCUCAUUAUUCGGCGAACCGUAUGAAGCUCGUCGUUCUGGGUAGAGAGUCACUGCAGGAAUUAGAGAGCUGGGUUCAGGAGCUCUUCUCUGACGUACCGAACAAGAACCUGCACCGUUUGAGGUGGGACGGUAUACCAGUCUUAGAUGAGCCCGAGCUCAUGACUCAAAUAUUUGUUAAACCGGUGAUGGAGCAAAGACAGUUAAACAUUGAUUUCACGUAUCCCGAUGAAGAAGAACUCUUUGCCUCCCAUCCCAGUCGAUAUCUGGGACAUCUGAUUGGCCAUGAGGGCCCUGGCAGUGCUCUUGCUUAUCUGAAGGAGCUGGGUCUCGCGGACUCUUUGUUGGCUGGGGCUUCUGCUCAGUGUCCCGGCACAGCAAUUUUCUGUGUUGACAUGCGGCUCACUGAAAAGGGCAUUCGGCAAUACCGGGAGGUCUUAAAAAUCAUCUUCCAAUAUAUUGCUAUGCUGAAAGAGAACCCACCACCUGCCUGGAUCUCGGACGAAAUGAGCCGCUUGGCUGAGGUGGAGUUCAAGUUCAAGCAGAAAAGCCCUCCAUCCCGAACUGUGAGCGGUCUGGCCCAGCUCAUGCAGAAAGCUUGUAUACCACGCGAGCAUUUACUCAGCACUUCCCUCAUUCGCAAGUUUGAUCCGGAAAACAUCGAGCGCGGCCUAUCCCAUCUACGUCCUGAUAAUUUUCGGUUCUUUGUUGUUGAUCAGCAGUUUCCGGGAGAUUGGGACGCAAAAGAAAAAUGGUACGAGACCGAAUACAAGCUCGAAAAAAUUCCCGAAGAUUUCAUGCAAGAUCUCUGGGCCGCCGCACAGGCUCCGGUCACAGAGAGACCUUCCAGACUUCACUUACCAGCUGUGAACGAGUUUGUUCCGCAACGAUUAGAGGUUGAACGGAAGGAUGUCACAGAACCAGCUCGGCAACCUACGCUGAUCCGCCAUGACGACAAUGUCCGUGUGUGGUUCAAAAAGGACGAUCAAUUCUGGGUGCCCAAAGCCAAUAUCAAGCUCUUUCUUCGGUCCCCCGUGGCCUCGCUCACUCCUAUGAAUGCCGUCAUGACCCGUUUAUACGUUGAUUUGGUCGAAGACAGCCUCAAUGAAUACGCUUACGACGCGGAUAGAGCCGGUUUGAGCUAUAGUCUAUCCGAAAGCGCACAGGGAUUGAAUAUAGAAUUAAACGGUUUCAACGACAAGAUGUCGGCGCUUUUGGAGAAAGUAUUACUGGGAGUAAGAAAUUUGGAAAUCAAGCAAGAGCGAUUCGACGUGGCCAAGGAGAGAGUGAGGAAAGCGUAUAAGAACUUUGACUACAUGGAUCCGUACCGACAAAUCAAUGCCUUCUCGCGCAUGUUGAUCAGCGAAAGAUCUUGGGCUCCCUUUCAAAUGCUCGAGGAGCUUCCAGCUGUGACAGCCGAGGAUAUACGUUCGUACUUUCCCGAACUGCUGCGACAGAUGCACAUUGAGAUCCUCGUCCAUGGCAACUUGUAUAAGGAAGACGCGCUAAACAUUACAAAACUUGUGAAGUCAACACUCCGCCCACGUCGAUUACCAGAGAGCCAGUGGCCGUCACGCCGCACGAUUGCACUACCAAGUGGAGCAAACUACCUAUACGAGCGGGUACUGAAGAACCCGGAUAACGUCAAUCAUUGUCUCGAGUAUAUCAUCUCAGUCGGCUCUGUCUCGGAUCGUUCGCAACGAGCCAAGCUGCUACUUUUUUGCCAGAUUGCCGAAGAGCCGUGCUUUAACACGCUGCGCACAAAGGAGCAGCUCGGAUAUAUCGUCAACUCGGCUGUAGGCGUCUAUGUGACGGCCGGCACAUGGCGCAUCCUCCUGCAGAGCGAGAGGGAUUGCAAGUACCUCGAAGAGCGCUGUGAUGCAUUUUUGGUGAAGCUUGAGCAGGAUUUGCGCGCGAUGACCGACGAGACGUUCGAGGAGCAUAAGAUCGGAUUGAUCAACAAACGCUUGGAGAAAUUGAAGAAUUUGGAUCAGGAAACGUCGCGUUUUUGGACUCAUAUUACGAGUGAGGUGUUUGACUUUGAGCAAGUCUAUCGCGACGUCGAAAACAUUGAACCACUUACGAAGAAAGACAUACUCGAAUUUUUCAACCAGUACAUCCAUCCCUCUUCUUCAACUCGCGCGAAACUGUCUAUACAUCUUAUUGCACGGGCAUCUACUGGAGCUUCUGCAGCAGCAGAAGACAGUGCCGCCGCUGAAGAGAACCCUGACGCUUCAGCGUUGCGUGAAACUCAAGACGUUGUAGCAGUCAAUGGACAUGAGCCUUCAGUGUCCAGCGCGAAGAUUCCCGUCAAGGUUGAAAAUGUCAAAGAAUGGAAGGCAAGUCUGCACCUUUCGGCGGCUGCAACACCAGUGAAGGGCCUAACCGAAUUCGAGGAGUUUGGAUCGAAGUCAUGA